AUGAGUUAAUAAGACACCUAAUAAAUGUUAUCCAAUGAAAACUAGUCAAACUUGUAAAAUCGACCUUAAUCUGCAAAAAAUUCUUAAUAAUCUUAAGAAUAAAAAAAAUUGAGACCUCAAACUUCAAAACAGGAACAAAAUCAAAAUAUAUUUUCAACAACAUUAUAAAAAAAAUAAAUAGACAAGGAUAAAUCUCAUCCUUUUUUCUAAUAAACUAGAGUUAAUGACUGUGCAUGUGUCAAAGUAGAAAAUGGGAUUCCGAAAGCUGUUCCUUGUUUUUAAAAACCAUCAAAAACCUAUGCAGAAUAAAUGGUUAAAUUAGGAGUUAAAGAAAGUUUGUCAUAGUAAUCAAUUUUUCAAUUUUUAGAGAAUAAUUUAAGUUUACCUAGCCUGUAUUUGCUACAAGUAAGAGCAAACCUUUAUGCAGAUACAAUCCAAAUGCAUAACGAAAUAUUUUAUCAUCGCCAAGUUACAAGACUCCAAAAUCAAAUGCUUCCUCUAUCCAAUUUGGAACCGAAAAAGUUCAAUACAAAACUAGCAGUACGUAUGGAAAUCAUGCAAAUGUGGGGUUUACAACUAAUCCUUUAGUUUUGGCUUAAAAAACAAAAGAUCUAUAGAAAAAUAUUUAGAAAUGACAUGAAUG